AUGGUUUUGAAAACUUUGGAAAGCGGCGUACUUGCUUCCGAAAGUGGUGAGAUUGAAUUGAAGUGCGCAGUUUGGGCGCACUCUAAUGAUUUCAAUAAGAUGAACGUUAGAAACUUAUCGAGUAUUUUUGGGUCAGUCUGCCGCGGAGACUAUGGAGAGUAUGCUGAUGAUUUAUCAGAAUUCAUGCUACAGAACUGUACCGAGCGUAUGAUAAAGAGUAGGGACGAGAAAAACGCCGUAAAAGACCUUACGGACUAUAUUAACCUGGUUGCAGGACUGAACGUCAGCUUAGAUAGGUGUGCUGAAAAUCUUCUGAAAGCUUAUUUCGUAGCAGCGAGAAAAGAAAGGUUGACAGUGGCACCAAUUGGGUGCAUCGGGGCUUUGGUUAUUGUCUCGUUAACUUCAGCUAGACUCUGCCGCAGGUCUAUCGCCACGAUGGAAGACGCGUUAUUCGCCAUAUGGCUGCACGUCUGCGGUAGCCCAGAGCCCAAGAUUGCGCCAGAAGAAUAUCUACAAACCCCGGCUUGUACGCAAAAAUUAGCAGAAAACAUGAGUCAUUUUAAAAACUGGCUUGAACAGUUCACCGGUAGUAGUAUCUUG